AUGAGCGGCCUCGCAUCCAAGCAGCAGUCGCUCAAGAUAUUUGAGAAACUGAAGGCGAAGCCGGCAAACAAGGUCUGCUUCGACUGCGGUCAAAAGAAUCCCACCUGGACUUCUGUUCCGUUUGGCAUCUACCUGUGUCUAGACUGCUCGGCCAACCACCGUAACCUCGGCGUCCAUAUCUCCUUUGUUCGGUCUACCAAUCUCGACCAAUGGCAAUGGGACCAGCUGCGGGUCAUGAAAGUUGGCGGCAAUGAGUCGGCCACCAAGUUCUUCCAAUCGAACGGCGGCUCAGCCGCGCUGAACAGCAAGGAUCCCAAGACAAAGUACACGUCGGCCGCCGCGACCAAGUACAAAGAGGAACUCAAGAAGAGAGCUGCUAGGGACGCCAAAGAGUACCCUGAGGAAGUGGUCAUCACCGAGGGAGGCGAGGCUGCCGAGGGAGGGGACACACCGGCCGAGGAGGAGGACGACUUUUUCUCAUCGUGGAGCAGGCCGGCUGUCAAGAAGCUCAGUCCGCCCAUCUCGAGGACUGCCACUCCCCCUGUUGUCGGCCGCACGCCGUCUCCCUUCCUGAACGCCCAGGCACAGAACGGCAAAGACACUGGGCGGUCGCCGUCGCCCCUCGCUAAGGGCAGCGACAGCGAGUCAAAGCCCGCUGCCAGCCGCAUCACCACCUCGGCAGCGCUGCGAACGUCGGCGACCGGUCCGCGCAAGGCCAACAUUCUCGGCGCCAAGAAGGUGGGCACGAAGUUGGGUGCCAAGAAGCUUGGCGGAACCGACGUCGCCAUCGACUUUGACGAGGCUGAGAAGAAGGCAAAGGAGGAGGCCGAGCGCAUCGAGAAGCUCGGGUACGACCCAGACGCCGAGGAGGAAGCGCCAGCCAAGACGAGCAGCACCAAGUCCGAAUCGAGCGCCGCCAUCAUCUCGCCCACGCCCGUUAGCCCCGCCGCCCGGGGAGGCUACGGGGCCUCUCACACGCGCGAGAAAUCCGCCGCCGAGAUGGAGCGUCUCGGCAUGGGGAUCAACCGGUUGGGCUUUGGGCAGGUGGGCAACAAGCAGGCGGCGCAAAAGGCCGCAGCCGGCGGGUUCGGCUCAGUCGGGCCCAUCAAGGCGUCUGCCGCUGAUGACGAGGAGAACUACGCGCGCAAGAAGUUUGGCAACCAGAGGGCCAUCUCGUCGGACGAGUUCUUCGGCAAGGGCAUGUUUGACGCGUCGGUCCAGACCGAGGCCAAAUCGCGCCUGCAGGGCUUCGAGGGCGCCCAGGCCAUCUCGAGCAACGCCUACUUUGGCCGUCCUGAGACGGACGAGCGGACAGGUAGCCGCGGCGGGGGCAUGGAUGACUACGGCGACCUCGAGUCCGCCGCCAAAGACUUUGUCCGCCGCUUUGGUAUCACUGCUGCCGACGACCUCGAGAACCUGACCCAUCUCCUCGGCGAAGGGGCGGGUCGGCUGCAGGGGGCUAUCAGGGCUUAUCUGGGCAGCUGA